GUUGACGGACCCUGACGUGGACUCGACACGAUCAAAUGCGCGCGCAAAUGUUGAGCCCUGAGGUCCUUCCACUAGUACUCGCAGAAUAGCAGACGCAGCGCAGAACUCGGUAUAUUACCGUUCUUCUGACAUGUGGUUCUAGAGAUUGGUGGGGGGCGCUGAACUGGCAGUACACUCGAAGUAGCCUAUUGACAGCUGCAGUGUGGACUGCAGAAGCACCUCUUGAAACAACUGCAUUAGCGCUACCCCGGGAAGAUCCAGCAGUCUUGGAAGUUCAUUGAUGUUGUUCUUAAAGCAUAUCUGUUGCAUCGGAUGCGGAGCUGUCGGUCAUGCCUUGCACUACAUAUUGCCUUAUGAGCUGCAGAAGAUGAUCCCCAUCUUCCCAUCCUUUCUCUUCCAAGCACCCUCCCUCCUUUCUUUUGGCUACAACUUCGAUGCCUAUGAAGAUGCGGGCUGCUUUACUGUUUGCAGCUCUAUCCUCCGUCUCGAUUGCAUUUGCUGAAAUCAUCAAUGUCUCCGUCGGCGCGAACGGCAAGCUGGCUUUCUCUCCGGAAUAUGUACAUGUCAAUCAGGGGGAUGUAGUGCGCUUUACCUUCAAUCCAAAGGCUCACUCUGUUACUCAGUCCAGCUUCGACACGCCAUGCAUCAAGACGCUUCCAGGGGUCAAUUCUGGGUUUGACACGGAUCUGACACCCGUUUCUCCUGAUCUAGUUGCACAGAAUCAGCAACCAACAAAGGACUUUUUUGUCAUUGACGGCUCACAUCCACUUUGGUUCUACUGCAAACAAGUUGGUCACUGCGGACAAGGAAUGGUUUUCGCAAUUAACCCCCCUGCCACUGGAAACACGUUCGAUGCAUUCAAAGCCCGGGCGAUCCAGCAGAAUGGCACGCAAAGCGCGACCUCGAGCGCGUCAGCACCCACGGCAACGGCUACAACCAAGUUCUGCGAAUCAAAGGACGAAAAUGGUUCGCCUCUAGUGACGGAGGGAAAGCCGAAUGCUGAUAAUCUCGUGGGUUGCAAAUAUCAGCAAGCGGGGUUCUGCACCUACAAUAUCGUCAGCGGAUUGUUGGACUCAGGUUCUAGCGUUUGCCCCGACUCCAUCCCAGGGGUCGUUAGCGGAUCCCCGAAUCUUCCUACUGCCAAGCUCUGCAGACCGAAAGACGAGAGAGGAUCACCACUCACACUCGAGGGCGAUGUCCACGACGGUUCUGUUGGGUGUACAUAUCCACAAGCUGGGCUCUGCGAAUACACCGUGUCGAGCGGAGAACGAAUGUCUGGAUCCAGUGAUUGUCCCGACACUAUUGCCCCCACAACCGGAAGUAAUGUUAAAGCUGUAUCUGGCGCACUCGCGGAUGACGACGACGAUGACAAGAGCUCUGCGAACCUCAAGACUCUCGUUACUAACAGCUUUAUCAUCAUUGGCCUUUCAUGUGCCAUUCUCCUCGCGAUCAUUGUGAUGGCAAUGGUGUCGUGCAUAGGCCGUCGAGGCUUCCGCGGAAAGGAGGCCAAGUAUUCGAAGGUCACUGUACCCAAGGCGUUUCAGGGACAUGAAGAUGACUCUAUGAUACAUUCUGAUUCGAAGCCGUAUAAUGAUAUCUGAAGAGGCUUUCAGCCCUAGAGUUUCUCACUUGCGGACUAUUUUUUUGAGUUGUCGUUUUGUGAUGUAGUAGCUAACGUAGUAUUUCUUGGGUUAUUUCUUAUCGGUUUGACCAUGUAGUCAGCCAUGUUUUCUGGACCUC